AAAUCACAGUUACUUCUACAAACCGCCGUACUGUGAUUUUUGUGUUAUUUAUUCAUAAACUGAAUUAUAAAACAUCCCAGAAGGAAGUCUUGAUUAAGCUUGUUUAGCACCUGAUAUUUAUCAGUUUUACAUAUUUACAGUCAAUGUUGGUAACAGUUGAUCAAUCAACCAAAAUAGGGGAUCAGUUUAAUUAUACCAAUGUUGCAACACAUUAAAAUAAAGCAUCGCGUAAUAUUCCAUCCAAAUGAAUCUAAUGCAACGGUCAUUCAAGUGCGUUGGCAUCCAUGCGACUACUCAUGCGCAUCUCCUUCAACAUUUUUGACGUUUAUCAACCAUCAUCUCCAGUUGUGUAAAUAAAUCUGUACCAGCCGCAGUCUUUCGAGAGAGCUCACCAACGCAGCAAGAAGCUUAGAAAAAUGCCCGAUAAACCCGUAAAACAGGAUAGCAAAAAGGACGAUGGAGCGGAGCUGGAAACGCAGAUCAUCAUGCGAAUGCCGAAGGAACCUGCUGCGGCGUUGCGCGAAGCGAUACAAAGUGGAGCCAACAACCUGAAGGAUCGGCUCUUCAUUCGGCUGGAAAAUGAGCUGCGCUAUGGCGAGGUUCGAUUUGACCAUUGGUUGCUUCACGCGAAGGUGGUCGAUCUUCCCACGAUCAUUGAGUCGUUAAAAACGAUCGACUCGAAAAAUUUCUACAAAACAGCGGACAUAUGUCAGAUGAUGAUUUGCAAGGAGGAACCCGAACAGCAAUCGGCUGAAGAGGAAUCACCCAACAAGAACAAAAAGAAGGACCCGAACAAGGUAGACAAGAAGUUCCUGUGGCCGCACGGCGUGACGCCGCCGUGCAAAAACAUACGCAAGCGCCGUUUUCGCAAAACGCUGAAGAAAAAGUACGUCGAAGCACCGGAAAUCGAGAAAGAAGUGAAGCGUUUGCUGCGCGUCGACAACGAGGCGGUCAACGUGAAGUGGGAACUGAUCACCGAGGACGAGGAUCCGAACAAACCGUCGCCGGGUUCGGGUAACGAGGCAGGGGCACCGCACAAGAGCCCCUCGAAAAACACGAAAAAGGGAGAGCACAACAAGGACGUGGGCGAGCAUGACAUCUUCGGCGAGGAAGUGUCCGACUCGGACGAGGAGGAUAAUCCGAUCAACAAAAACAUCGAUCUGGACGAAACGAGCCGACUGUCGGCAGAGGCCGAAGACAGUCGGCUGUCAGAUUCCUGCUCCUACCAGGGAACGCAACAGGAGCGCGACAGGAACCCGGCACUGGAGUUCAACAAGAGCAUGUUCAGUGGAGCCGGUUCCAGUAGUGGAUAUAGGGCGGCCCGGCGACCUGACACAGGGGCGAGCAGUGCGGGCGGAUCGAAGUCGAUGUCAUUCUUCCAGGGAGAUAAUAGUUCGCGUUUGGAUUCCGACAACGAUUCGAAUGACAUGCCGCUCGGUGGUUUCGGCAACAGUCAGAACAGCAAUGCCAAUAGUGCUACGGCCAGCACGAACAACAACGCCCGCGUCUAUGAGCUGCAGCGCCAGAUAAGCGACCUGAAGACGCAACGUAAUCAAAAGGAGCAGGAAAUUCGCACCAUCGAGAACCAAACGCUGCGCCAGCGUUUGCAGGACAAGCUUGACAGCUUGCUGAUGGAAAUCCAAGACAAGGAGAAAGAGAUCCUUGACCUUCAAUCGGGGGAAAAAUAUAGCCUGGAUUGAAUCUGACCAUGGCCAACAGGAAAAAAACCCUAUAAAAUCUAACAAUGAAGAACUCCAAAAUGUACCCAAUGAAAUCCAAUACAAUUACAGCGGAAAAAUAUACUUACUGUUAAGAUUCCAA